ACAGUCUCACUGGGGUUUAUCUGCUUGAAGAAAAACAAACUAACUAACCAUGCAGCAACUGAACUUUGUAUGUAAAUGCACAUUCAAGUAAGAAAAUUUAUGCUCAUAACUAAGAUAAUAUUGUCCCAUGAGGACAAAAGUCCAGAGUCUCCUUCCCUGCUUCUGAGAUAACUAUAAUCUACGUGGCUGUAGAGCUUGGGAGCCAGAACCCUGGUUCCUGUGACUGAAGCUGGCUCAAGGAUACAGCCCUGGGUGGUACUGUGCCUCCCUUCUGUCCUGGCAUAGGAAGCACAAGGGCACUUUAAGCUCUACAACCCAGAUCAGCAUAAAUCUUGGAAUUUCUUGUGGACCAAGAGUGACAGACGUGAAACAAACUCACUUCUCAGCUGGUAACUCAAACAAUGAGUUGGUUUCAGAGGCUAUUUACAAACUCUGGAGAAGAAGAACUUCAGAAAAAAGUUGAAGAACUUCAGAAAAAAGUUGAGGAAUCUACCCUAUUUUAUCAUCGUGUACUCUUUUCCGGUUUCACAAUAGGAUCAGCUGUACUUCUAUAUAUGUACUUGAAGAAUGCGGACACUGAGCAGAAAAAAGAAGAACUUCAGAAAAAAGUUGAGAAAUCCAAUUUUUUUAAUCUUGUAUUCUUCUUGAGUUUUGUCAUUGGAGCAGCUCUCCUCCUAUACAAGUAUUUUAAAAAAGCGGACACUGAGCAGAAAAAAGAUUGGAGGAAAGAAGAAUUCAAAGCUGUAAAUGUGAUCCUGGAUGCAGCCACAGCCCAUCCUGCCCUCCUCCUAUCUAAGAAUGGGAGACGAGUCACCUGGAAAGGAACAGGUCAAGAUCUACCCAGAUCCACACAGAGAUUCAACUCCAUUCCCUAUGUGCUGGGUCACCUAAGCAUCUGCUCAGGGAAGUCCCACUGGGAGGUGGAGGUUGGGAAUGCGAGUUGCUGGGACCUGGGAAUUUGUAGAGAUAAUGUAACAAAGAAGGAGGAGUUCACCAUGUCCCCGCAGAAAGGUUUCUGGGUUAUUAGGCUCUGUGAUGGGGACUACUGGGCCCUCACCUCUUCAGUAACCCUUCUUACUCUAAAAGAAAAACCCCUUAAGGUGGGGAUAUUCCUGGAUUAUGAGGCUGGAUAUGUAUCUUUCUAUAACAUGACAGAUGGAUCCCACAUUUUCAGCUUUUCCCAGAACAAAUUCUCUGGUGUCCUAAAGCCUUUUUUUAGGCUUUGGUCCUCUGACUCAGGCUUCCUAACCAUCUGUCCAGGUGAAGAAUAGACCAAUGUUGUAAUUUAUAUGCAAACCUUCCAUGAAUAAUAUUUACUUUGGUUCCCAAUGAUGAUCACAAUUUUUCCCUGGUGAGAUACAAAUUGAUUUUUUUUCUCCCCCUUACUGGCUCAUUCUUUGAGAAUGAAGCCCUGGGACAUGGAUUGAUGAAUGCCUCUCAUGUCAGUUCUCCCUCCUAUAUUAGUUAUAGACUUCUUUCUAUUACCUUGUCCUAUGAGAGUCUCAUAUAAAUACUAGAUUUCCUAGUCUCCCUUGCUACAUGUGACUAAGGAGGGUUGGUGUUUUAUAAGCUGAAUUAUUCUGUAUGACUCCUGGGAUGUGUCCUUAAAGGGAAAUUGUGCCUUUCUUUACUUUUUUUACUUCUCUGCUGGCUGGAAUAUGUCAUGAUGGAUGAAACUCAAAGAACAUCUAAGAUCAGGUGCCAUGACAUGGAAGGCAGAGAAGAUAGAAUGUGCUUGAGGUUUUGUUUAAAUUUUAUUAAAGUAUAAUUGAUUUACAAUGUUGUGAUAAUUUCUGCUAUACAACGACAAAGUGUUCAACCAUUCUUGUAUGCACAUCCAUUCUUUUUCAGAUUCUUUUCCCACACAGACCAUCACAGAAUAUUGAGUAGAGUUCCCCAUGCUAUAUACAGCAGGUCUCCAUUGCCCAGUCAUUCCAUGUACCAAAAUAAACAAAUGGGACCUCAUUAAACUGAAAAGUUUUUGCAUGUAAUGUAUGGGCAGUGGGGUCCUACUGUAUAGCACAGGGAACUCUGUGUGCCUGGGUAACUUUGCUGAAUAACAGAAAUUGAAGAAACAUUGUAAAUCAACUAUACUUUACUAAAAAUUUUUUGCACAGCAAAGGAAAAUAUAAACAAAAUGAAAAGACAACCUACAGAAUGGGAGAAAAUAUUUGCAAAUGAAGCAACUGACAAGAGAUUAAUCUCCAAAACAUACAAAUUCAGACAGCUCAAUAUCAAAAAACCCCAAACUACCCAAUCAAAAAACAGAGAAGACCUAAAUUGACAUAUCUCCAAGGAAGACAUUCAGAUGGUCAAAAAACACAUGAUAAGAUGCUCAACAUAGCUAAUUAUUAGAGAAAUGCAAAUCAAAACUACUAUGAGGUACAACAUUAUACUACCCACAAUGGCCAUCAUCAAAAAGAGCUUGAAUUUUUGACAGCUUUGGAGAACUACUCUAUUGCACAAUUCCCAAGUUAUGUUUUGUGAAAAAAUAAGCUUUUGUACCUUUAAGUCAUUUAUAUGUUGGAUAACUGUCACUUGUGAUUGAAUCUAACCCUAAUUGGUGCACUCUUCUUUUAAGAAUGAUGGUGGAUGUUGUGAGCCACACAGGAACACCAUGCACAAAAAUAAACUCAUAAUGGCUUAAAGACUUAAAUAUAGGACAAGACACCAUCAAACUCCUGGAAGAGAACAUAGGCAAAACAUUCUCUGACAUAAACCUUACAAAUGUUUUCUUAGGUCAGUCUCCCAAAACAACAGAAAUAGAGGCAAAAAUAAACCAAUGGAACCUAAGCAAACUGACAAGUUUUUGCACAGCAAAGGAAAC